ACCACGGCGAACCUGCAACAACAUGAGGUGGAAGAUGCUCUUUACGACGCUAUACGGCAAAACAUGUCUGCCAACUUUCUAAAUAUAGUAAUUCCACAAUUAACGACACCAGCACCAACCACGGUCUCUACAACGGAGCCUCCUACCACGGUCUCCACUACAGAGCCUCCUACCACGGUCUCAACUACAGAGCCUCCUACCACGGUCUCAACUACAGAGCCUCCUACCACGGUCUCCACUACAGAGCCUCCUACCACGGUCUCAACUACAGAGCCUCCUACCACGGUCUCAACUACAGAGCCUCCUACCACGGUAUCAACUACAGAGCCUCCUACAACACUCUACACUACAGAGCCUCCUACCACGGUCUUGACUACAGAGCCUCCUACCACGAUCUCAACCACAGAGCUUCCUACCACGAUCUCCACUACAGAGCCUCCAACUACGGUCUCAACCACAGAGCCUCCUACCACGGUCUCAACUACAGAGCCACCUACCACGGUCUCAACUACAGAGCCUCCUACCACGGUAUCAACUACAGAGCCUCCUACCACGGUGUCCACCACAGAACCUCCUACCACGGUCUCUACAACGGAUCCUCCUACCACAGUCUCUACUACAGAGCCUCCUACCACAGUCUCUACUACAGAGCCUCCUACCACGGUGUCAACUACAGAGCCUCCUACCACGGUGUCAACUACAGAGCCUCCUACUACGGUCUCAACUACUGAGCCUCCUACCACGGUCUCAACCACAGAGCCUCCUACCACGGUCUCAACUACAGAGCCUCCUACCACGGUCUCAACUACAGAGCCUCCUACUACGGUCUCAACUACAAAGCCUCCUACCACGGUCUCAACCACAGAGCCUCUUACCACGGUUUUAACUACUGAACCUCCUACCACGGUCUCAACUACAGAGCCUCCUACCACGAUUUCAACUACAGAGCCUCCUACCACGGUCUCAACUACAGAGCCUCCUUCCACGGUCUCAACUACAGAGCCUCCUACCACAGUCUCUACUACUGAGCCUCCUACCACGCUCUCAACUACUGAGCCUCCUACCACGGUAUCAACCACAGAGCCUCCUACCACGGUUUUAACAACUGAGCCUCCUACAACGGUAUCAACUACAGAGCCUUCAACCACGGUCUCAACUACAGAAUCUUCUACUACGGUCUUAACUACAGAGCCUUCUACCACGGUUUUAACAACUGGGCCUCCUACCACGGUCUCAACUACAGAGCCUCCUACUACGAUCUCCACUACAGAGCCUUCUACCACGAUUUUGACUACUGAGCCUCCUACCACAAUCUCAACCACAGAACUUCCAACCACGGUUGUAACUACUGGGCCUCCUACCACGGUAUCAACUACAGAGCCUUCUACCACGGUUUCAACGACAGAGCCUCCUACCACGGUCGUUACUACAGAGCCUUUUACCGCCGUCAUAACUACAGAAGCUCCUACCACGAUAUCAACUACAGAGCCUUCUACCACGGUUUCAACGACAGAGCCUCGUACCACAGUCUUAACUACAGAGCCUCCUACCACGGUCUCAAUUACGGAGCCUCCUACCACGGUCUCAACUACAGAGUCUCCUACUACAGUCUCAACUACAGAGCCUCCUACCACGGUCUUGACUACAGAGCCUCCUACCACGGUCUUGACUACAGAGCCUCCUACCACGGUCUUGACUACAGAGCCUCCUACCACGGUUUUAACUACUAAGCCUCCUACCACGAUAUUAACUACAGAGCCUCCUACCACGGUAUCAACCACAGAGACUGCUACCACGGUCUCCACUACAGCGAUUCCUACCACGGUCUUCACUACAGAGCCUCCUACUACGGUCUCUACUACAGAGCCUCCUACCACGGUCCCAACUACUGAGCCUCCUACCACGAUCUCCACUACUGAGCCUCCUACAACGGUCUCAACUACAGAGCCUCCUACCACGGUCUCUACAACGACGCCUCGUACCUCGGUCUCAACCACAGAGCCUCCUACCACAGUUUCAACUACAGAGCCUCCUACCACGGUCUCAACCACAGAGCCUCCUACCAAGGCCUCUACUACAAAGCCUCCUACCACGAUCUCAACUACAGAGCCUCCUACCACGGUCUCAACUACAAAGCCUUCUACCACGGUUUUAACUACAGAGCCUCCUACCACGAUCUCAAUUACAGAGCCUGCUACCACAGUCUCAACUACAGAGCCUCCUACCACAAUCUCAUCUACAGAGCCUCUUACCACGGUCUUGACUACAGAGCCUGCUACCACGGUCUUGACUACAGAGCCUUCUACCACGGUCUUGACUACAGAGCCUCCAACCACGGUCUUGACUACAGAGCCUUCUACCACGGUCUUGACUACAAAGCCUCCUACCACGGUCUUAACGACGCAGUCUACCUCUACAGUCUUGACCUCAGAGCCCCCAACAACAAUGUCGACGUCGAAAGUGUCUACUACAGUGGCUCCAACUACGUUUGUAACUACUACAGGGUUUUCUACAACGAUAUCAAUGUCGACAGCUAUAAAGUCAACGUUGGCAACCCUGUCGUCAUCCGCACCAUCGACGCCAUCACCUGCACCAUCGACACCAUCAUCUGCACCAUCGACGCCUUCAACUGCACCAUCGACGCCUGUAUCUGAACAAUCGACACCAUCAUCACCGAUACCAUUGACGCCAUCAUCACCGAUACCAUCGACGCCAUCACGUGCACUAUCGACACCAUCGCCUGCACCAUCAUCACCGAUACCAUCAACUCCAUCACCCGCACCAUCAACUCCAUCACCCGCGACAUCGACACCAUCACCUGCACCAUCGACACCAUCAACCGCACCAUCGACACCAUCACCUGCACCAUCGACACCAUCACCCGAACCAUCGACACCAUCACCUCCAUCGACACCAUCACCCGCACCAUCAACACCAUCACCUGUACCAUCGACGCGAUCACCCUCACCGUCAACACUAUCACCUGUACCAUCGACGCGAUCACCUUCGACGCCAUCACCUGAACCGUCGACGCCAUUACGCACAUCGGCUACGUCAUCACCUGCGACACCAUCACCCAGACCGGCGACACCAUCACCCAGACCGGCGACACCAUCACCCAGACCGGCGACACCAUCACCCAGACCGGCAACGCCCAGGCCGACCACAGCAGCAGUCCUCACCACCGUUGCCCCUACGGCCGACCCGGAAUGCCCAGUCGCCUGUCCCGUGUUCUCCACAUGCACCUACAACUCUACCUCCAACCAGAACGUCUGUGCUUGCGAUGGUGGCUACCAGUGGAGAGGAGCAGUGUGCGUGCUGAGAGACGAUGUAAAUGACGUGCACAUCCAGUUGACAAUGUUGCUGGCUCAAUACAACGACGCUCUCAAAAACAGAAACUCCAAAGAACACAGAAAACUCGCUCAACAACUUCGGAAGUUGAUAAGGACAUAUCUAAGAGACACAGAUAUUCCGGCAGACGUUAUCCAGGGACUCUCCGUGUAUGAUUUCCGCGCCGGAAGUGUGAUCGCGGAUUUCGUCGUCAACGUUUUGAAAAGUUCCGGGCUGAGUGACGAGGAAGUUCAUCAGAAACUCCAAGAAGCCAUGGAUCGCGACCCGAGUCUCGGGGACGAGAUUGGAGUCGAUGAAAGCACGCUAUGCCUGAAGGGUCAUGCGGAGAAUUACUGUUUUCAAGACGGUGAGUACAGUUUCAGAAUUUGAUUAUAAU